AUGGAAGCUGAGCUAUCCAUCCUGUUCAACGAUAUUCGCAUCCUUCAGAUGGGGAGGAUGUUCCAGUUGGCAGCGACAUUCGUUGUCUUGUACGAUCAUGUGCUCUGUUCUCAGAGAGAGGUGGACUUGAUUUGGAAAAGACAAAAGUCUCUUGUGUCAUAUCUUUACUUUACGACCCGCUACUUUGGGGAUGCUAUCUCAAUAAUUAGUGCAAUAUUAUUUAUGAGCUCGACAUUUUCGGUCAAUCUUACAUGUCCGAUCUUUAUUCACUCGCUAAUGAACGACACUCUUUGCAUCAGCUGUCGUAUUCUAUUUCAGUUCCAAUCUUACGGGCCUUUUGUAGCAGUAUGGGCCACACAAACGAUCAUGCAACUGCGUAUUUAUGCCAUGUAUCGCAAGUCCAAGAAGAUUCUGGCGUUCACAGGAAUUUGCUUUAUCCUCGAAAUCGCAGCUAUUUGCACUGUCCUGGCACUAAACUUCGAUCACUCCUUAACAUAUACCAAUGAACCCAUACCCGGGCUUCUCAAUAUGUGCGCAACGUCAACCAUCAAUAGAAGUUUCACGGCCAUCUACGUGCCUAUAUUUUGUUUCGAGCUUCUUCUGUUCGUCCUUGCCAUAUUCGUUGUGUUCAAGCACAUGAAGAACACCCGUACAAUUUCUGGGAAGAGAAUUCACAAUACGAUGGCGACACUGGUCAAGUACAACACGAUCUACUUCUUUGUCGAAAUGGCCGGAUGUGGUAUCGCCACGGCGUUGUAUCUUGGUCUUCCGUCAAUUUACCUGGAGAUCACGAAUUCGGCGCUUAUUGCAACUACGAUCAUCCUUGGGACCCGGCUCGUGCUUGGCACGCGUAAUUUCUAUUCUGACCCAUCCGCGGAAGAUGAUUCAAACCUGAGCCAUGGGACCACUGUUCUGAACCCUAGCUUCAUCCAACCGUCAUUAUCUGGGCCAUUCUCGAGUCAUAUGGAGAUGUCUAUGACCAGUGUCAAGGGAUAUCAUUUGGAUAUAAGUAAUGACGUUGUAUAA